AGGGUUUACCCCUUCCAUCUUAAGCAGGAUAUUCUAGGAUCUCUCAGUCUCACAGCUCUGCCCACCAAUAACCAGCAGAAAGCGGUUCGACAAUUGGUCCUUCUUUUGGCCCCUCCUGUGAAGCCCGCGGAUUGGACGGCUGAGUCUGGCUACACAGGCCUCCGCGGGAGCGCGGCCGGGCCAAUCAGGAGCUUGGCGUAUUUUACAAACUGAGGAAGUAGCUCCAGCCGUAUCCGAGAGAGUCAGGCGAAAAGCGGAGAAAGCUGGGUCGGCCCUGAGGGGCUCUCGGUAAGCCAUCAUGACCACCCGGCAAGCCACGAGGGAUCCCCUCCUCCGGGGUGUAUCUCCUACCCCUAGCAAGAUUCCGGUACGCUCUCAGAAACGCACGCCUUUCCCCACUGUUACAUCGUGCGCCCUGGACCAGGAGAACCAAGAUCCAAGGAGAUGGUUGCAGAAACCACCGCUCAAUAUUCAACGCCCCCUCGUUGAUUCAGCAGGCCCUAGGCCCAAAGCCAAGCACCAGGCAGAGACAUCACAAAGAUUGGUGGGGAUCCCUCAGCCUCGGAACCCCUUGGAGGAGCUCAGGCCUAGCCCUAGGGGUCAAAAUGUGGGGCCUGGGCCCCCUGCCCAGACAGAGGCUCCAGGGACCAUAGAGUUUGUGGCUGACCCUGCAGCCCUGGCCACCAUCCUGUCAGGUGAGGGUGUGAAGAGCUGUCACCUGGGGCGCCAGCCUAGUCUUGCUAAGAGAGUACUGGUUCGAGGAAGUCAGGGAGGCACCACCCAGAGGGGCCAGGGUGUUCGGGCCUCUGCAUAUUUGGCCCCCAGAACUCCCACUCACCGACUGGACCCUGCCAGGGCUUCCUGCUUCUCAAGGCUGGAGGGACCAGGACCUCGAGGCCAGACUUUGUGCCCCCAGAGGCUACAGGCUCUGAUUUCACCUUCAGGACCUUCCUUUCACCCUUCCACUCGCCCCAGUUUCCAGGAGCUAAGAAGGGAGACAGCUGGCAGCAGCCGGACUUCAGUGAGCCAGGCCUCAGGAUUGCUCCUGGAGACCCCAGUCCAGCCUGCUUUCUCUCUCCCUAAAGGAGAACAUGAGGUUGUCACUCGCUCAGAUGAAGGAAGUGUGGCCUCUCUUGGUCUGGCCCAGCGAGUACCAUUAAGAGAAAACCGAGAAAUGACACAUACCAGGGACAGCCGUGACUCCCACCUGAUGCCCUCCCCUGCCCCUGUGGCCCAGCCCUUGCCUGGCCAUGUGGUGCCAUGUCCAUCACCCUUUGGACGGGCUCAGCGUGUACCCUCCCCAGGCCCUCCAACUGUGACCUCAUAUUCAGUGUGGCGGCGUCUCACCAUUCAACCUAAAACCCGAUUCACGCCCAUGCCAUCAACCCCCAGAGUUCAGCAGGCCCGGUGGCUGAGUGGUGUUUCCCCUCAGUCCUGCUCUGAAGAUCCUGCCCUGCCCUGGGAGCAGGUUGCCGUCCGGUUGUUUGACCAGGAGAGUUGUAUAAGGUCACUGGAGGGGUCUGGGAAACCACCUGUGGCCACUCCUUCGGGACCCCACUCUAACAGAACCCCCAACCUCCAGGAGGUGAAGAUUCAACGCAUCGGUAUCCUGCAGCAGCUGUUGAGACAGGAGAUAGAGGGGCUGGUAGGGGGCCAGUGUGCCCCCCUUAAUGGAGGCUCUUCUCUGGAUAUGGUUGAACUUCAGCCCCUGCUGACUGAGAUUUCUAGAAAUCUGAAUGCCACAGAGCAUAACUCUGGGACUUCCCACCUUCCUGGAUUGUUAAAAUGCUCAGGGCUGCCAAAGCCCUGCCUUCCAGAGGAGUGCGGGGAACCACAGCCCUGCCCUCCAGUGAAGCCUGGGCCGCCAGAGGCCGUCUGUAGGAGUGAGCCUGAGACACCAGAGCCCUCCCCCCAGGAACAGCUUGAGGUACCAGACCCCUGCCCUCCAGCAGAACCCAGGCCCCCAGAGUCCUGCUGUAGGAGUAAGCCUGAGAUACCAGAGCCCUCCCGCCAGGAACAGCUUGAGGUACCAGAGCCCUGCCCUCCAGCAGAACCCAGGCCCCCAGAGUCUUGCUGUAGGAGUGAGCCUGAGAUACCAGAGCCCUCUCAGCAGGAACAGCUUGAGGUACCAGAGCCCUGCCCUCCAGCAGAACCCAGUCCCCUUCAGCCUAGCACCCAGGGGCAGUCUGGACCCCCAGAGCCCUACCCUAGGGUAGAGCUGGGGGCAUCAGAGCCCUGCACCCUGGAACAUAGAAGUCCAGAGUCCAGCCUACCACCCUGCUGCAGUCAGUGGGCUCCAGCAACCACCAGCCUGAUCUUCUCUUCCCAACACCCGCUUUGUGCCAGCCCCCCUAUCUGCUCACUCCAGUCUCUGAGAACGGCAGGCCAGGCAGGCCUCAGCAGUCUGGCCCCUCGAACCCUAGCCCUGAGGGAGCGCCUCAAAUCGUGUUUAACCGCCAUCCACUGCUUCCAUGAGGCUCGUCUGGACGAUGAGUGUGCCUUUUACACCAGCCGAGCCCCUCCCUCAGGCCCCACCCGGGUCUGCACCAACCCUGUGGCUACAUUACUCGAAUGGCAGGAUGCCCUGUGUUUCAUUCCAGUUGGCUCUGCCCCCCGGGGCUCUCCAUCAUGAGACAACCACUCCUGCCCUACCGUGCUUCUUCCUUUUAGCCCUUAUUUAUUGUCGGUCUGCCCAUGGGACUGGGAGCCGACCACUUUUGUCCUCAAUAAAGUUUCCAAAGUA